GCCACUUUCAACCAUUCAUAAGCCCUUCUCAAGUCUCAAUCCACAUUAACUACUUUCCUUUCUUCCAUUCUAUCAACUCAAAGUCAAAACAAUGACUACUUCUUCUCUCUAUCCUCAUUUCCUGGCCUCCACCAUUCCUCAUUUUCCCUCAUCCUAUAAGAACUCCAUUUUUUGUGCCCCCUUCAAAGGAAACCCCAAACAAUUCACUUUUUCCAGAGGCACAAACCUUUUGCAAUUGCCGUCAUGGAUAACUGCAUGCACUUCUUCAAAGGAUGCAGGCCCCGGCGACAACACACCAAGCAACUUUUGCAUUAUUGAGGGGCCAGAGACGGUUCAGGAUUUUGUUCAGAUGCAGCUGCAGGAAAUUCAAGACAACAUAAAGAGCCGGCGCAAUAAAAUCUUUCUUCUAAUGGAAGAGGUGAGGAGAUUGCGAGUGCAGCAGCGCAUAAGAAAUGUACAAAAGGCUGAGAGUGACGAGGGAGAGGAGGAAGCAGAUGAAAUGCCAGAUAUUCCAUCAUCAAUUCCUUUUCUUCCUUAUGUGACGCCCAAGACUUUGAAGAAGCUCUAUCUAACAAGCAUAUCAUUCAUAUCUGCAAUAAUUGUAUUUGGUGGGCUUAUUGCACCGACGCUGGAGCUAAAAUUAGGUUUAGGUGGUACCUCAUAUGAAGAUUUUAUAAGAAGCAUGCAUUUGCCUUUGCAACUAAGCCAGGUAGACCCAAUUGUGGCCUCCUUUUCAGGUGGGGCAGUUGGUGUGAUUUCAGUACUGAUGUUGAUUGAGGCUAACAAUGUUGAGCAACAAGAGAAAAAAAGGUGCAAGUAUUGCCAUGGAUCUGGAUACUUAGCCUGUGCUCGGUGUUCUGCGAGUGGGGUAUGCUUGAAAAUUGAUCGUAUUUCAGUAUCUAGUGGUUCUGUAGGACCUCUGCAUUUUCCUACAACGAAAAGGUGUCCAAAUUGCUCUGGUGCGGGAAAGGUUAUGUGCCCAACUUGCCUUUGCACUGGGAUGAUGAUGGCAAGUGAACAUGACCUUCGUAUUGAUCCAUUUGACUAACUCUUCACAUGAUUUGAGAGCUUGUGAUGUUGCUCUAAAUGUAUUUAAAAUUAUGAACUCCAUCUCGAAAAUUCCCUUCUCCAAAUUUAGCAUUAUUAUUAAUAUAUAUAUAAAGAAUUAAGCUAAAAUGGCAACAUUUUAUUCUGCAAAAAAAUUGUCCUAAAUUCAUCAACUGAUAUGAUGUUAAUCUUUCCCUCCGGGUGGAUAAUGGCAAUAUUCUUUGUAUAUAAAUCAAUAUAGUUGUUAUUUAUGUGUGGUGUAG